GGGGACGGAAGUGACGGAGCGGCGGGAGCGCGGCGGUGUGAGGCGUGGUGGCGGCGAUGAACAGCCGCCUGCAGGAGAUCAGGGAGCGGCAGAAGCUCCGGCGGCAGCUCCUGGCACAGCAGUUAGGAGCUGAAAACGCCGACAGCAUCGGCGCCGUGCUGAACAGCAAGGAUGACCAGCGGGAGAUCGCCGAAACGAGAGAAACGUGCAGGGCUGCUUAUGAUACUUCUGCACCAAAUGCAAAACGCAAAUACCCAGAUGAGGGAGAAGCUGAUGAGGAAGAGAUUGAAGAAUAUAAGGAUGAAGUAGAGCUGCAGCAAGAUGAAGAGAACCUGCCCUAUGAAGAAGAGAUUUACAAAGAUUCCAGUACCUUUCUUAAGGGUACUCAGAGCUUAAAUCCACACAACGAUUACUGCCAACACUUUGUGGAUACAGGACACAGACCCCAGAACUUCAUCAGAGAUGUUGGCUUAGCAGAUAGGUUUGAAGAAUAUCCAAAACUUAGAGAGCUCAUCAGGUUGAAGGAUGAGCUGAUAUCUAAAUCUAACACUCCUCCCAUGUACUUACAAGCAGACUUGGAAGCUUUUGAUAUUAGGGAACUGAAGUCCAAAUUUGAUGUGAUUCUCCUGGAACCACCACUGGAGGAAUACUACCGAGAGACUGGCAUCACUGCCAAUGAAAAAUGCUGGACCUGGGAUGAUAUCAUGAAAUUGGAAAUUGAAGAAAUUGCAGCCCCAAGGUCAUUUGUGUUUCUGUGGUGCGGUUCAGGCGAGGGUCUGGAUCUUGGCCGAGUGUGUCUACGCAAAUGGGGUUACAGAAGAUGUGAGGACAUUUGUUGGAUUAAAACGAAUAAGAACAAUCCUGGGAAGACCAAGACUCUAGACCCUAAGGCUGUUUUCCAAAGAACCAAGGAGCACUGCCUCAUGGGCAUCAAAGGAACGGUGCGCCGCAGUACAGAUGGUGACUUCAUCCAUGCUAAUGUUGACAUUGACCUGAUCAUCACAGAAGAGCCUGAAAUUGGCAACAUAGAAAAACCUGUAGAGAUUUUUCACAUCAUUGAGCAUUUCUGCCUUGGACGACGACGUCUUCAUCUUUUCGGAAGGGACAGUACAAUUCGACCAGGUUGGCUGACUGUAGGACCCACCCUCACAAACAGCAAUUUCAACGCAGAAACGUAUUCAUCAUACUUCACAGCUCCAAAUUCCCACCUGACCGGCUGUACCGAAGAGAUUGAGAGACUUCGGCCCAAGUCACCACCACCCAAGUCCAAGUCUGACCGGGGAGGUGGUGCUCCAAGGGGAGGAGGAAGAGGAGGGACUUCAGCAGGCCGAGGAGAAAGGGGCAGAGAGAGGAACAGAACUAACUUUCGGGGUGAGAGGGGUGGCUUCAGAGGGGGCCGUGGAGGUACCCACAGAGGAGGCUUCCCCACCCGCUGAUGACUGUUAGGUAACUGCCUCUUCCCCCAGUCCUAUGCCUCAUCUCUGAAUCUUUUUCUUAGUCUCGUUUUUGCUAAAGUGAAUUAUUCUGGGGACUCAAAGCUAGGUCACUUCUAAAAUUUUUUGGCACAAGCAGUUACAGUCUGCCUUCUGGUGACGGGCCUGGCGCCUCACCUCACCUAGCAGGCCACGACCUGCGCCUGACAGCGCUGAGCUCAGCUUCCCGACAGCUUCUGUUUGUCAAAGCCGGGAGCACCGUCUCUUCAACCAUGGAUAGGAUUGAAGUGAAGGGGUUUUGGUUUUUUUUAAACUAUAAUUUUCUCUGAAACACAGAUUCCUCUUCCUUCUUUGGAUGCGCAGGUUUGGACUGUCUUGGAUUAAUACGAUGGAGUGGGCAUGAAACACAAGUCUGAAUUGCGUGGCCACAGCAGACCUACUCUCUUAUUCAUGGAAGAAAAAAGUGCUGUGUCUAUACUGACACCUAUCUUAACAUCUCUGAAACCAAGGAGCAAAUGGAAUAAACAGAAUUCUAUUU